AAUAAAGGUGGCAGUAUGGAAAAGACACUUCCCCGUGUGUUCCUGACGGGCCGUGAAUGGCGACGGAAGCGCCGCUGGAUCCGAGGCCGUGUGCAGCACCAUGGGCACGGCGGGAGACGCCGAGUGGCUGCGCUGGGUGACGAAGCAGUUCGGGAACAUCGCCGGGAAGGACAAGGAAAUCAGCCUGGAAGAGUUCAAAAGUGCCCUGCAAGUGAAGGAGUCCUUCUUUGCCGAGAGGUUCUUUGCCCUGUUCGACGCCGAUGGCAGCGGCACCAUCAGCCUGGAGGAGCUGCUGAGGGCCCUGAGGCUGCUCGUGCACGGGGACCAGCGGGACAAGCUCAGCUUCCUCUUCCAGGUCUACGACGUGGACGGCAGCGGCUCCAUCGAGGCGGAGGAGCUGCAGUUGGUGCUGCGCUGGUGCCUCCGGGAGAGCUCCGUGUCCCUGCCUGAGGAGCGCCUGGGGGACCUCACCAGGGCCCUCCUGGAGGCGGCUGACAGGGACCACAGCGGCUCCAUCACCUUCCCGGAGCUCCGGGAGCAGCUGGAGGCCUUCCCAGAGCUCAUGGAGAACCUGACCAUCAGUGCCGCCAGUUGGCUGAAGCCCCCGGAGCCCCCGGAGCGGCCCCGCCCGCGCUGCCUGUCCCGGGGCUACUGGUACAACCACCGGGGCCAGCUGGGCUGCCUGGGGGCCUUCGCCGCCCUCAACCUGCUGCUCUUCACCCUGGCGGCCCUGCGGCACCGCGGGCUCGGCCCCGCGAUCAUGCUGGCCCGGGGCUGCGGGCAGGGGCUCAACCUCGACUGUGCCCUCCUGGCUGUGCCGAUGCUGCGGCGGUGCCUGACCUGGCUCCGCUCCACGGCCGCGGCCGAGGCGCUGCCCCUGGACCAGCCCGUGCAGUGCCACCAGCUCGUGGGGUACGUGGUGCUGGCCCUGGGGGCCGCUCACAGCGGGGCUCACAUCGCCCACCUCGCCCGGUUGGCACAGCAGGACGGGGGCCCUGCCCUGCUCGAGUCGCUGCUGUGGGCACGGCCCGGGGGGGGCGGCGUGGCGGGCACAGCCCCCCAGACCGGGCUGGCCCUGCUGGCGCUGCUGCUCGCCAUGGGCACCUUCUCCAGCCCCUGCGUCCGGCGCCGCGGCCACUUCGAGGUUUUCUACUGGACCCACCUCUCCUACAUCUCUGUCUGGACCCUCCUCAUCCUCCAUGGUCCCCACUUCUGGAAGUGGUUCUUGGUUCCUGGCUCCCUGUUUGUGCUGGAGAAGGUUCUGGGCUGGGCCUGGCGCCGGGCGGGGGGGCUGCACAUCGUGGAGGUCAACCUGCUCCCCUCCAAGGUGACUCACCUGGUGAUCCAGAGACCUCCAUCUUUCCACUUCAAACCCGGGGACUACGUGUACCUGAACGUCCCGGCCAUCGCCUCCUACGAGUGGCACCCCUUCUCCAUCAGCAGCGCCCCCGAGCAGCCAGCUCAUGUGGGAAUUGGGAUAAUUCCCUUUUUAUUCAAGAUCAAACCCAUCCGAUCCAGACAACUGGGCUCCACUGGGCCGGGGGAGACCCAGCGGCUCUGCAGCGUCAAGUGCUUCCUGGACGGUCCCUACGGGACCCCGACGCGGCGGAUCUUCCUGUCGGAACACGCUGUGCUCAUCGGGGCCGGGAUUGGGAUCACCCCCUUUGCCUCCAUCCUGCAGAGCAUCAUGUACAGGUACCGCCGGCGGAGGCAGAGCUGCCCCAGCUGCCACCAUUCCUGGUGUGAGGAGCUGCGGGACCAGGACAUGACCCUCAGGAAGGUGGAUUUCAUCUGGAUAAACCGGGAUCAGAAGCACUUCGAGUGGUUCCUCAGCCUCCUGAGCAAGCUGGAAAGGGAGCAGGCGGAGCUGGAGCCGGGAGGGCGGUUCCUGGAGCUCCACCUGUACAUGACCUCGGCCCUGGCGAGGAGCGACGUGAAGGCCCUGGGGCUGCAGGUGGCGCUGGAUCUGCUGGCGGCCAAGGAAAAGCGGGAUUCCAUCACCGGGCUGCGCACGCGGACACAGCCCGGCCGGCCCGACUGGGGCAAGGUGUUUGGGAAGGUGGCCCUGGAGCAGGUUGGGAAGGUCCAGGUGUUCUUCUGUGGCUCCCCAGCCCUGGCCAAGGUCAUCCGGGGGCACUGCGAGCACUUCGGCUUCCGCUUCUCCAGGGAAAACUUCUGAGCCGGGGCCUUCCCGCCCUGCCAGGCCUGCCCAGGGAUGGCACCGGGGCUUGG